AAUACCGACAACAAGUCAAUAAAUGAUGAAGAGAAAUCAAGUGAUGAAGAUGAUGAGGAGGAUUAUCAAGUCGCCGGUACAUCGAAAUCAAAUCAAGUGAUUAAAAGUAAAGAUGGUGAAGAUGAAGAGGAUGGUUAUGAUUCUGCUGAUGAUGAUGAGGAUGUGGUUAGUGUUAAUCGUUAUGAUACAGUUCCAUCUUCUUCUGAGAUUGAAUUAAUCCAUGGUAAUAAAACUGUUUCUGCUCUUGCUUUGGAUCCAAAUGGUUCCAGAUUAAUCUCUGGUGGUGUUGAUUAUGAAUUAAGAUUUUGGGAUUUUCAAGGGAUGGACUCUAGUCUUGAAUCUUUUCGAACAAUUAAACCAUGCGAAUGUCAUCCGAUUAAAAAUUUAGAAUAUUCAACCAAUGGUGAUCUUGUCUUGGUUAUAUCUGGAAGUUGUCAGGCUAAAAUUGUCGAUAGAGAUGGUUACGUAAAAAUGGAAUGUCCUAAAGGUGAUCAGUAUAUUCGUGAUAUGGCCAAAACUCGAGGACACAUUUCAAUGUUAAAUUAUGGCUGUUGGAAUCCAAGAGAACGAAGUGAAUUCAUUACCUGUUCAAACGAUGGAACCAUUAGACUUUGGAAUGUUGAAAAUGAGCUUAAAGAGCAGCGAAAUGUAAUCAAAUGUCGUAAUCAAGGUGGACUCAAAGCCAUACCCAAUGCGGUCAGUUAUUCAAAUGAUGGAUUACUAAUCACCGCUGCUUGUACCGAUGGAUCGAUCCAGGCCUGGGAUCAUCGUCGUAAAGUAUAUGUAAACAACAGCUUUUUAAUUAGAAACGCUCAUCAACCUGGCACCGAAACGUCAUCUUUAUCAUUCUCUUAUGAUGGUAAAUAUUUUGCCACUCGAGGUAUGGAUGAGACACUCAAAUUAUGGGAUAUUCGUAAUUACAAAACUUGCGUCCACUCGGUAAAUGACCUGUUCAACCUAUUUCCAAACACCGAUUGCUCCUUCAGUCCAGAUGAUAGAUUAGUAUUUACUGGAGUCUCAUUGAAAAAAGGUGAAGACAUUGGUUACCUUAAAUUUUACAACCGAGAUACAUUUACCCUGGAAGGAGAAAUGAAAGUAGCACCAGCAAGUGUUGUCCGAUCACUUUGGCAUCCAAAACUAAAUCAAUUAAUUGUAAGCACCAGUAGUGGAAUUGUCAAAACCUAUUAUGAUGCCGCUCUAAGUGAACGAGGGGCCAAACUGUGUGCCGUUAAAACCAAGAAACGGUACAAAGAUUCAUUCGAGAUCACAGCUCAACAGAUAAUAGCUCCCCAUUCUCUUCCCAUGUACAAACAAGACAAGAAGAAAAGUUGGAAAGUCGAAAUGAUGAAAGCACGUAAAGAUCCCGUUAAAUCUAAACGACCUGAUUUACCAAUGACCGGACCAGGUCAAGGAGGUCGACUCGCUUCGGUUGGAGGUACAUACGCUUCCUUUAUGGCCCAAAAAUUUGCAGCUCGAACUCGUAAGAUAGACGAUAAAGAAGAUCCUCGAGAAGCUUUACUUAAAUUCGCUAAGAAAGCGGAAGAAGACCCAUACUGGGUCGCACCCGCUUACCAAUCGACUCAACCUAAAGCGAUCUACCGGAAACCAGAUGAAGAGGAAAAUGAUGAUAAUUAUGAACCACCCGAGAAAAAAUAAUAACCAUCUUCAGGUAUUCUAAAGGUUAAUUCAUUUAAAUUAACAAUUUGUACAGUUUAAUUUUCGUCUGGGAAAUUUAUUUAUAUUUAUAUGAAUAACUAAUUAACAAAUUUAAUUGAAUCAUUUCAAUUGAAGUGAAUAAAUAUAAUUAAACUCAA